AGUCGCGUGUUAGGGUCCGUCCGUUACGUGUUUUCGGCAUUCGCGCUACCGUUGGCCAGUUGAAAAAUCGCUAUUAUCCAUCUUGUAAUGAGCAAACAGUCCCAGCACCAUCGUCGGUACCACGGGAAAAAAAUCUAUCUGCACGACGAUGUAUCGAAAUUGCCUAUUCACCGCGCCGGUCAAAUAAUUUAAAAAAUGCAAGUUGAUCCGUGAAUGCUUCAAUAUUGCUAGAUUACAGUGAAACCUCUGAAUAGUGAACACUAUAUAGCAGGUAAUAUGUAUCGACGACACGAAUCGCUCAUCAGUCAGGUGACCAAAACGGCAGAUGACGUGCCUGUGAUCGUGACUAGAUUGGCGAGCACGGAAAAGAACGACAUUGAUUACUAUCCUUUUUCACAAGUACUGCGAAUACGUGUCCUACAGAUCGUUUGUGGCAUACUUGCAGUUGUCAUGGGCAGCGUGGCUUGCAUAGAAGAGAAAGGUUCAUUUGGCAACCUCGGGCUGGGCAUACCGACGGGACUCAGCACAGUACUCGCUGCAGCAUCCAGUAUCCACACCAGCCGUCUGUUCAGCGGGUACCGAGACACCCUGAUGUCGUCAUCCGGCCAUCCGAGGGUUUCAGUGCUCCGGCUUCUGGGGCCCACCACUCAAUCGGCAAUCGCCGUCGGCACUUUUUGGCUGCUGGCACUCGCCUUGAACGUGGUCCUCUUCACGCGGGCCGGACGUACGCUUCUAAACUACGACAGUUCACCCAGCUCCAACCCGACGUUGUUCUGGAUGGCCAUUGUCCAUCUGACGUUGACGUCCCUCGUGCUGUUCGCGGUUGGCGCGAUCGCUUGGCUGGACUGCCACCACGACCCGGACUGACAAGAGCUGUACACGGGCCACCGUUCGGCCGAUGCACCGAUGUCGUCCCGACCGACGACCAGCAGCUCGGUGACCAUCAGCAUGACAACGUUCACGCCCGACCCGCAAUCGUCGUCAGUCGGUCAUCGGCUCACACCCGGGCCCAGCCUGUUGGUCAGGUCCUGUUAGCGCGGCGGCGGCGCUGACCGGAAAUCCGUUUUCCAUCGUCCUGCCACGACGGCGAUUGUAAUAUAAUGUUAUAUUGUGCGACGACCGGUGCCGCACUCGAGGGACGACCGGCCGACGAUAGCGUCACGGGAACGAAUAAACUUUGGUCAUUUGUCGUUGUCGUCGUUGUCGUUUUUUUUAUAUUAUUAUUAUUAUUAUUAUUAUUAUUAUUAUUAUUAUUGUUGUUGUCCGCUACCGUUUUAUUGUUUCAACGCGCGUCGACAUUAUACGACCGUCAUGCGAAACGAUCGGGUAUACCCAAACGUUGUGGAUACGAAUUCCCCAUAAAUUAAAUUAGUUUAAAUUAAAAAAAUGUUAGAAAAAAGUCUGAAUUAGAUUAAAAACGAGAAGACACUCAUGACUGCAAACGGGUUUUCUGAGUUACUCGCGUGUACAGUAAUUUAUUGUUUAAGUGUUAUUUUGAAUUAUGCCGAGAAUUGCGGCGAAAUACAUUUUUAUGUUCAGUUUUUUCUACUACUUAUGUAUUAAGAGUAAGAAAAUGUAUUAUUUUUAGAAGAGAUAUUUUUACUGCAUUUCAAAUAAGGCAUUAUAAGUGUUAGUAAUUUUCUAAUAAUUAACAUUCUUAACAUUUCAAGAUAAAUAAAAACCAAGUCCUAUAUUAGCUAACAAUCGAAAAACUUAUUCCUAA